GCUAGUAGUAUGAGCCGGCAGUUUCGGUGCGGCUGCGGUCCGAGCAACAGGUACACGCGGCGACUCCGGAGGCAACAGGUAGACGAGCGCUGAGGGCCUCGCAGAUUGUCGUGUUGUCAGCUUCAGCCUCGCUUUGACAAUGCUCAUCAUCUCAGGCUUAACGAUCUACACGCUGUACAUGAUGGUUAUGCAACAUAUAAACAGCGGAACGUUGCUUAAUCAAUCUCACAGUGCCAACGACACCUUGGUCCCCGGCAUCCCCGACAGCUGGCUCGAGGUGUGGGAUCCUCCGGUCGUCGCUGGCGAUGGAGACGACGUGGACAGACUCGCUUACAGGGUUCGAGUGGAGGCUGACUGGCCGGUGGUCCUCGGAACUUACAAGCACUUUAAGGACGAGAACUUCGAGGAAUAUCUCACGGUUUCGGGUGUCCCGGCUUUCAUGAUCUCCAUCAUCCUGAGCACGGUUCCUCUCGUCACCAUUCAGAAGAUUCCAGACGACAGCGAUUACUAUUAUGAUAUGGAUUAUAAUAACAUUAAGGAACUGGACAACGUGUACGGUAACCCUCCCGAGGACGUGGACACCGCCUUCCAGAUGAUGAUCAAGACGGAAACUUGGAUCAGAGACAUCGAUAUGCGGUUUAAGUUGGGACAAGCUUUCCAUCAUGUUGAAGCCGAUGGAUCAGAUUCUCAGAACACAUUCUGGUUCGUCGAGCCACGUGUUCUGCUGCUGGACAAGUACCGAGGAGAAGACCAUCACCGGAUUAUCUACCAGUUCGGAGUUGAUGGCUAUAAUGUGACGAUGGUGGAUUUAUCAAGAAACUUUACAGCCAAGAGGUUUUUCAACAGAACGCAGCCAGGGUCCUCUGAAGAAAAUAUGGAUGAAGCGACAGAAAACGGGAUGAGCGACAUGGAGGAAGAGAGCGGUGUGUCUCUAAAUGAAGGAGUGAUGGUGACCGACGGAGAGAGCUUUAAUUUUGGAACUCAAGCGCUCUCUAGCGACAGAAAGGAAAUUGUGUUAGAGGUAGGAAACGCCACAGACGAAGGUGGAUCUUGGCAGGAUGGGUGGGAAAAUGGUAAAGAAAACGGGACUCUGACAGAAAACGGAGAAGAAAAUGUAGAAAACGAGGGCGCUCCAGGAAGCGGGGAGACUCAUAAAGAAAGUGAAAUUGUCUUGCAAGAAAAUAGGGAUAGUAUAAACUCGACAGCAGGAGAACAGGAAGGGAAUAAAAAUAAUAAUGGCAUGACAAAUAGCGAUGGCGUCGAUAAAUUCCCUCCCGUGCCGGAGUCAAACUUUGAACUUUUUGAAAAUGCGACGAUUCUUGAAGAAGAACGCGCAAAUAACACCGACCUAUUCACCGGUCAAAAUUCCAAUAACCGAACGAUAGAUAUCAUAGAUAACGAUGAAAAAUGAAUUGAGAUGGAACGCGAUGGUAAUAGAGAGAUAAGAUUCCCGCAGAAUGUCGAAUCGAAUACAAAUAUCCCUCCAGAAAACGAGAUAAAAUAUUAGUGAAGAGAAUGAUCAGGCCUACAGUUCAGAGACAUGCAACCCUGAACUGACUGGCGAAUGAACAGAUUUAACUGACAGUUCCAUUACAAUAACUGACGACUCAUCCGGAAGCACUCGAGGCCUUGUUACAGUGAACGAUGGAUAUAACGAUGAAAAGGUUUGUAUUGACAGUGAUAUAGAGGUGAAUGAAAAAAGCAAUAUGGAAUAAUUCCAUUUUUUUUUCCACAUCAGCCGCGCAAAAACCUGUGAUGUAAAUACAAACCAUUUGAGAAGAAUUUAAUGAAGGUGUGAAUUAAGAGGCUAGUUAUUUCUACUGAAGGAAUCAUACACGAAGUAAAGGAAAGACUCUGGUGGAUUGGUCA